UUUCAUAACGAGCUGCGAAGACGCACAUGGCAAUCUGCAUACCGGUAUACAGUCGCGCAUUAAACUAGAAUGUGACGACCGAGAGUCAUUUUCGGGUACAGGCCUCAAUAUCAGCUGGCAAAGAGAACCACGAUAAUCCCUAUCGCAAAGCCGCUUAACCCACAUACGGAACUCGCUCGUCCGGAAACGCGAAAUCAAUAAUUACCGUCGCUCGCGUGAAACUACGUAUGCGCGUACAUAAAGAGUACUCAGCAUCCUUUUCGAGCAAAAAUUUAAUGUAUAACGGCUUGGAAUCGAUCCGAUCACAACGGGAGACGAAAUAAAGCAAUAACGCCUCGAAAGUGUAAAUAAACAGAACGAGUUUUCACUCGAGCUCCUCCUUCGCGUAUUUAAAUUAGCGAAACGCCGACUCGCGAGAAAAUGAUGGGUUCUCGGCUGUGUAUAUGUGUGUAGAUGUAUCGUGUUUGAAACCAGGUCAGGUUCGCGUCCGCCAACAGGUUUCUCGCGACGGGUCUUGCGACAUGUGCUGUACGUUAUAGUGCCCGCAAUUUUUGGGAUGAGAAGUAGCGGUUCUUCUGGGCCGCGCUGGUGUGCGAUCAGGGCUUGUGGGUCAGCGACGAUCGGCGGGAGACAAACGCGCUGUGUGAAUUGGCAGUUUUUACUCUGUAAUAAAAUGAACAGAGCUAUAAUGCGCCGUUAGACAGAUAAGAGUGUAGAACCGCGAAUGAAUCAUUGAGAAAUUUCUAUUGUGUAUCGCUGCAAUGGUAAAUGCUCGCGCUGAACCGUCGUUUCGUUGGGAAACAAUCAUCUUGUAUAAACGAGUUCUCUCUUAAAUUCGUCGGCAGUUAUGAGAAGCACUAUCCUAUUGUCAGCUGCAAAAGGGAUGUCUUUGGGAAAAUUCUCAUCGCGACUGAGUGAGUUAUUUUGUCGACGCGGCUGUUGAGAUAAUUGUCCCGGUUAAGAGCCAUGGUCUCAAUCUUCGUCGAUUUUUCUUCGCGCUUCAACUAUUGUACACGUUAUACACACAGUCGCGCGCGCGCAUUCCGGCGAGAGAAGGCGUCUUAAUGGUCGUUGUUCAGCCGCUUCCUGGAAUAUCUCUAUAUCAAUUAGCGGCACGCUAAGCUCUCGGUUACUCGAGAAAUUAAUGAUACGUCCUAAACCAGCAUCACAGUUACGCAGUUAGCAAUGUGCUCGCAAAUUGCAAUAGAAUUUUGUCGCAAUUUUCCCUAGCAGAUAACGUUAAUUGAUCGAGCUAUAGUACAUACACAAGAGAUUUUUGAUUGCCCAACUAUUCCUGGUGUUCACAGCGAUAUCCAUCCUCCUUUGUUUACCAACAACGCAAAAUAAAAAAAAACACAUCUCACUCGCUACCCGUCACGUGUAAAUAAUCAGCCAUAUCCCGACGCACAAUAGCUCGACGCUCCCAGCAUUUUUAUGAAGCGUCCGUACUGUGGCGUCGCGGGAAUUUAAAAUUCUCAUAAAAAUAUUCUAACGGCUUCUCUUUUUUCCGCAAAUCCCGCUUCGCUCGUAUACGCAGAAGUAGAAGCAAAGGAAGAAGAAGAAACGAGUCAUGAAAAUCAUACAUGUGUCCCGCAGGACACGACGAGGGCCGUAUACACGAGGCAAGCAGUAUUUUCUUCACGUUCUUCAGGGGCGCCGCAUCGUCGCGGGCUUUGCGUGAAAAGCUCCGCGGAAAGCUCGAAAGCUGUAUAGCCACAGCCGAGCUUGCGGCAGAAGGAAUUCCGCGGCUGCACAGGGAACCAUCAACUCUCCAGAAAGAACGCGAAGGUCCAAGGCAUAAAGGAGCACCAGGACAAGAGAUAGAGCCCAUCAAGAUAAAGAAAGAUCGCCGGGCCCGCGAAGUUCAGUGCCGCGCAAAGGUCAGCCAAGGUCAAGAGCAAGGACCGCGACUCCGAAAAAUCAUCGCUCCAAAGUCGAAACGAAGCGAAGCGUCUCCCUUUCAGAGAUCGUUCAGAAAGACCUCUGCAGUCGACAAAAGCGUUCGCACACCUUCGAAACGAUUGCUCUGCGACGAAAAAAAGAGACGAAGAGAAAUGAUCGAAAAAAGGAAAAGCGAGAACGGCAUUCGCAGCGCGAAAGCGCCGGCAGCAUGCGGAGAGCGAGAGAGGCCGUAUGCUCUCCCGCCCCUGUCUUCGUACACGCGGCGCCAUAUAAAAGCACAGCCGGGACUUUUUCUCGGCUUCCGCCGCGACUGUAUACGCACUCACGAACGAACGGGCGCGCGCGAUGGACAAGCGGAUGUGCUGGCUGGCGCUAUGCUGGCUUCUCGGCUGUCGCGACAAUAAGCGCGACACGAAGAUCCACGCCGGUGGUGUCAAUAGCCUCACCGGUUCGGUUACCGAUCUCACCAACAGCCACGGCUAUCCUUGGCCCCAGCCCAACACCUACAUAACCAGAUGGGACAAGGUCAAUCUCGACGAGAUACUCGACAGCAAGAGACUGCUGCAGCACUACUUCAAUUGCCUCAUGUCCAAGGGACCCUGCCCGCCCGAUGGUCUUGAGUUGAAACGUAAUCUUCCCGAGGCGUUGGCGAACGCCUGCGCGAAGUGCUCCAAGAGCCAGAUCGAGGGCGCUGUCAAAGUUAUUCGCUACCUCAGAGAAUUCGAGCCGGUCAAGUUCGAGAUCCUAGCCAACAAGUACGACCCGCAGGGUAUCUACCGGAAAAUGUACUUCGAGGCAUCGCCCGAGGAGACGAACAACAGCCUGAACAACGAUCAGCAGUCUAUCGAUAAUCGUCGCCGACGACGACGUCGACGAAAACGUUUAGCUCGUUGACGUAGCGCGACAACGCGUUCCUUUAUUAUGCAAAUCUGUUGGGAUUCGAGGCUGCGGUGCGUUCGAUCGCGUGUCUGCAGUCCGAACUCGUGUUUUAUUUAUGCUAGUUAUUUAUUACAUGCCAUUAGUCUAUAAGUGUUGUUAUUAUUAUUAUUAUUAUUAUUAUUAUUAUUAUUAUUAUUAUUAUUAUUAUUAUUAUUAUUAUUAUUAUUAUUAUUAUUAUUAUUAUUAUCAUUUUUAUCACGACGAUUGUAUUGUUAGUUGACGAGCCGAACGCGCUAUUUUUAUACACGAAAGAUGAUAUUGAAAGUGCGAAUAAACGAAUAAUAUGCUUUCUCUUCUAUGACAGUGCAAAAUUAUUUUUAUUUUCUAUAAAACCAUAAUAACGAUUCUCAUUUGCAGCACCUAAAUAUAUAUCUUUGACUCUUCUACAGGCGUAUAAUUACUAAUCGAUCGCAGUAUAUUCAUCAGUCGGUAUGACAAUUAUUGAUUCGACUAUAGUCCAGCUGUUGUUUUG